AUGGGAUUUAUCCUCAAAAUCCCUUGGUACUGGGACUAUUUUGGACUGAAGGAUACUCCUGAUGUGAGCAGUUCUGCCACGUCGGAGGAUUCUUCUGACAGUUCAGGAGAUGAAAAGCCAGCCUCAAAGCUCAAGCUUGGCCAGUACAGUGCUGUGCCACCCCCUUUGACCCUAGAAGCAAAGAAAGGCAAAGGACCAGGUGUUGCUUGUAAAAAGAUUGACAGCAGUGAGGAGGAGGAAGAGGAGAAAGCUGAACAGCCUGUGGCUAAACAACCAUCUCACCCCAAAUCUGCUGCUGUCACCCAAAACGGAGAGUCUUCCUCAGACAGUGAUUCGGAUUCCAGCUCUGAGGAGGAAGAAAAGAAGGCACCAAUGAAGCGCUCUGCCAAGCCUUUUGCAGCAAAAGGGAUGGCUAAACCAGCACAGAUGAAGCGAGUGGAGAGCUCCUCUGAUAGCUCAGAUUCUGACAGCUCAGAGGAAGAAGUUCCAUUGAAGCCUGCUCAUGGAGGGAAAAGUCCUUCCGUGAAGCCUUCCAGCGGCGCUAGUGUCACAAAGCACCAUGAGAACACUUUGGACGAAGGGGCGAUGAACGGAGGCCUGAUAGCCAAGAAGCGAAAAAGGGAAGACGAUCAGGUGUUGGAGACUCCCAAGCUCAAGAAGAGCAAAGUUAAGCCAAAGACAUCCCACUCAUUCCCCAAGAUGAAGCGGGUCUGUUGCCUUUGUCUCUGCAAAAAAACAAAACCCCAAAUGAAAUACCUGCAGAAUGAAGUGCGGUUCUUACGUCUUUGUCAGUCAUCAUCUGACACUGCUCAAGAGAAGUUAUGGGCCUCAGUGUGCAAGCGGUAA